AGCACAUUCUCUGGGUGAGUCGUGGGCGGUGUUCUCGCUCCCGUGAUUUCAGCACAUGUCACUUCCUGCCGUCACGCAGCCAGUUCGGGCCAGUUCACCGCCGCUGUCCCGCUGAGCUGUCAACACACAGCGGCGUCGCGCUCCGCUCCCUCUCUGCCCGUCCGAACGACCGUGUGCCGGUUUCCCCACGAAACCCCGGUCCUCCGUCCUCCUUCAGCGACGUCUCCCCGCAGAUAACAGCCGCUCUCGUCUCGCCAUGACUCGGAGGUGAUCUUCAGCGUGACCAGGUGGCUCUGGGGUUCCAGGUUGGUGUGGUGAAAGAGCAAGCUAACUACGGGGUGGCGGUCCGCCUGGGGCAUCCUGUCCCUGGUUCUCAAGUGAUUAAGGAAGGGGCUUGGCACACUAUUCUGCAGCAUGGAGAAGGAAGACCUGAAGGUCCUCAACAAGGGCGAGGAGGAGGAGAUGGAGCUGCAGGGCUACCGUCUCUGUCGCUGGCGGCUGGUCCUGGUGGGCCUCGGGGUGCUGUGUACAGGGGGCUUCCUCCUCCUGCUGCUCUACUGGAUGCCAGAGUGGUGCGUCAAAUCCACCUGCACACGUACCACAGCCCGUGAUGCUGAAGUGGUGUUGCUGCGCUCUGUGGAUGAGUUUCGUCGCUGGUUCCUGGCCAGGGUGCGAGUGAUGCUGGCCCCGGGGAGUGACCCCUUCCACAGCCUGGAGACCCAGACCACCUCCCCCUGCUCCCCUUCUUCUCCCUCCUGCCCUUUCUCCUCCCCAGCCUCCCCCUCUCUAGCCAACGGACACACCACUCACCCCUCCGAUGGCAGCCCCGCUCAGGAGCUCAUCAGAAGAUAUGCAGACUACCAGCCCACACAAAUUCGCUAUUUUACCUUCCAUAGCACAAAGUAUUACUGGAAUGACGAGGUGCAGAACUUUCAAGAUUUAAGUGGCCUGGAGGACUUACAGAUCAGCUGCUCCACUCUCCACGCGGAGCACAGUGAAGGCCUGACCAGGAACCAGCAGGAGUACAGGAAACUGUUCUUCGGAGUGAAUGAAAUUUCAGUGAAAGUGCCUUCUGUUUUCAAGCUGCUUAUCAAAGAGGUCCUAAACCCUUUCUACAUCUUCCAGCUCUUCAGUGUGAUCCUGUGGAGUGCCGAUGAGUAUUACUACUACGCUGUGGCGAUUGUAUUCAUGUCGGUUAUAUCCACAGCUACCUCUGUGUACACCAUCAAAAAGCAAUACGUCAUGCUUCACGAUAUGGUGGCAGCUCACAGUGUUGUCCGUGUGUCUGUAUGCCGAGCCAACAAUGAUAUUGAAGAGAUUCUGUCUACUGAUCUGGUGCCUGGUGAUGUGAUGGUCAUUCCCAGCAAUGGGACCAUCAUGCCAUGUGAUGCCGUGUUGAUCAGCGGCACCUGCAUCGUCAAUGAAAGCAUGCUCACAGGUGAGAGCGUUCCUGUGACAAAGACCAACCUCCCAAACCCAGGGCCAGAAGAGAUGACAGGGGAGGCUGACAGUGCCUACAACACAGAGGACUAUAAGAGACAUACACUCUUCUGUGGCACCCAUGUUAUCCAGACCCGCUUCUACACUGGUGAAAUGGUCAAGGCUGUGGUGGUCUGCACAGGUUUCAGCACAGCCAAAGGUCAGCUGGUGCGCUCCAUCUUGUAUCCCAAACCCACCGACUUCAAGCUGUACCGUGAUGCCUACCUCUUCCUGUUGUGUCUGGUGGCUGUAGCUGGAAUCGGCUUUAUCUACUCUAUUGUCCUCAGCAUCAUAAACAAGGUGCCAGCUAAGACCAUCAUCAUUGAGUCCCUAGACAUCAUCACCAUCACUGUGCCACCGGCGCUGCCAGCUGCCAUGACAGCCGGAAUUGUGUACGCCCAGCGGCGCCUCAAACGCAUUGGCAUUUUCUGCAUCAGCCCACAGAGGAUCAACAUCUGUGGCCAAAUCAAUCUGGUCUGCUUUGACAAGACUGGAACUCUGACAGAAGAUGGAUUAGACCUGUGGGGUGUCCAGAGAGUUGAGAAUGGCAGUUUCCACCUGUCAGAAGAAAAUGCCUACAAGGAGAAUCUUGUCAAGUCCCAGUUUGUGGCUUGCAUGGCCACCUGCCACUCCCUCACCAAAAUAGAGGGCCAGCUGUCCGGGGACCCACUGGACCUCAAGAUGUUUGAGGCUACAGGUUGGAUCCUGGAGGAGGCCACAGAGGAGGAGACAUCUCUCCACAACCGUAUCAUGCCCACUGUGGUUCGACCCCCGAAACAGCUGUUGCCUCAAGAGCCUGCAGUGUCACAGGAACAAGACAUGGAACUCUAUGAGCUCUCGUCUGUGUAUGAGAUAGGUAUUGUGCGGCAGUUUCCUUUUUCAUCAGCUCUCCAGAGAAUGACUGUGGUAGCUCGUCUGCUGGGGGAAAAACGUAUGGACGCCUACACAAAGGGGGCACCAGAGGUGGUGGCCGGUCUCUGCAAGAGAGACACAGUGCCAGAUAAUUUUGCAGAGAUUUUGGAGGGCUACACAAUGCAGGGUUUCAGGGUCAUUGCUCUGGCACACCGGCGAUUAGAAUCCAAACUUACCUGGCACAAAGUUCAGAACGUCAACAGGGAUCACAUAGAGAUGAACAUGGAUUUCCUGGGUCUGAUCAUCAUGCAGAACAAGCUGAAGGCAGAAACUCCAGGUGUCCUGCAGGACCUCCGCCAAGCCCACAUCCGCACAGUCAUGGUUACUGGUGACAAUAUGCUGACAGCAAUUUCAGUGGCUCGUGAUUGUGGAAUGAUCCCACCCCGGGACACAGUCAUCAUUGCUGAUGCCCAUCAUCCCCAUGACGGACAGACCGCCAAGAUCACCUGGAGAUACGCUGACAAGCCAAGCAAGACGUCUCGCCUGGAGGAAGUGAACAUGAGAUUAGAGGACGUGUGUAAUGAAGAAGAACCCAAAGCACAAGAGCUGUACCACUUUGCAAUGAAUGGAAAAUCAUUUGCUGUAAUCUCUGAGCAUUUCCCUGACAUGCUUCAAAAGCUGGUGCUUCACGGGACGGUGUUUGCCAGAAUGGCCCCAGACCAGAAAACCCAGCUUAUUGAGGCGUUGCAGGGUGUAGACUACUUUGUUGGGAUGUGUGGAGAUGGAGCUAAUGAUUGUGGGGCUCUGAAGAGGGCUCAUGGUGGCAUCUCUCUCUCAGAGCUUGAGGCCUCUGUAGCUUCUCCCUUCACCUCCAGGACCCCCAACAUCUCCUGUGUCCCCAGCCUCAUCAGGGAGGGCCGCGCCGCUCUCAUCACCUCCUUCUGUGUGUUCAAGUUCAUGGCCCUCUACAGCAUCAUCCAAUAUAUCAGUGUCACCCUCCUCUAUUCUAUCCUCAGUAACCUGGGAGACUUCCAGUUCCUCUUCAUCGAUAUCGCCAUUAUCCUUCUUAUUGUCUUUACCAUGAGUCUGAAUCCAGCAUGGAAAGAGCUUGUGCCGCAACGGCCGCCAUCGGGUCUGAUCUCAGGGUCUCUGUUGUUCUCUGUGCUGACACAGAUCCUCAUCUGCUUGGGCUUCCAGACCGUAACUUUCCUGUGGGUCCAGAAGCAGCCGUGGUACACAAUCUGGACACCACUCACAGAUGUCUGCAACAUGUCAUCACACAUCAACAUGUCUGACCUCAACAACACAGAAGUGGACGACCACAACAUCCAAAACUUUGAGAACACCAGCCUCUUCUAUGUGUCCUCCUUCCAGUAUCUCAUUGUUGCCGUCGUUUUCUCCAAGGGCAAACCGUUCAGGCAGCCCAGCUACAAGAAUUGGCCUUUUGUGGUGUCCACCCUGAUUUUGUAUAUUUUCCUACUGUUAAUGAUGUUCAACCCUGUGAAAACUAUUGACGAGUUUCUAGAGAUUGUUUGUGUCCCGUUUGACUGGAGAGUAAAACUUUCCCUCAUUAUCGUAGUCAAUGCUGCUGUGUCUGUGGUGGUGGAGACCUUCAUCCUUGACAUCAUCUUAUGGAAGCUUGUGUUCAGCCGAGACAAACAUGGCAGCUUUGGCGUCACUCCUGCUGCCCCUACACCACAGAGGGGCAUUGACCUGCAGGCGUUCAAGUGUCUGUCCUGGCUGAGCUGCUCACGCAAGAUGCCCAAGGCCCGCUACAUGCAUCUGGCCCAGGAGCUGAGUGUGGACCCUGACUGGCCUCCAAAGCCAACCACCACCACAGAAGCCAAACCCUGCCCCGAAAACGGCUCCACCUAUCAAAUCAUGAUCAACUCCUAGCACCCCCCCACAACGCCUCCAGCUAUCCUAUCUCACCUUUCAUACUGUAGACAUUUUUAAAGGUGUGCUUAGUGAAAGCACAUUCAAUAGGAUGAUUGCUCGUCAUCACCGUUCAGAGACUUGCCUCCAACACUGUAGUUCCAGAGACAUUACUGCAGAGACCACAGGAUAACACAGACAGUGGGGUCCAUACGUGUCGAACGCGGCCUCAGACUCUCAGGUCUCUCUUGCUUUAAAUGUCCAUAAAACAUCUGCACGUCAAAGUUGAUUCCCUUCUUUUAUUGCGAUGUCUGUUCACCAAAGCUGAGCAGCAACUCCAGUUCAAAAUCGCAAGUCAACCGAAAUAAAUGUCUCUCGUCUUUGUGAUACAGCUUCUGACAAACUUGAACUAGUAAAUCAUUUCUACCCUACCACUGUUUAUAAUAACUAGGCGUUCAGAUUUAAUUUACAACCACUGUAUUACAAAACCCAUUUAGACUUCAGAUUAAAAAGUUGAUAUCAUGUCCGGGCUUUUCAGACGGAUUAUUAUGUUUUUUAAAUAGAAACUUGAGAAGUAUAGGCCAAGUUGAGGGGUUGUACUCUAGUCCUCAAGUUCAACCCCCUCUGACUGAAUUUGCAACUAAGAGAAUUGGCUUAUAUAAGAGAAGACUGGCAGAGUUUGAGGAAGAGGACAGAGGACAGAAGUUCCAGUUUGAGAUGGAGAGAUUCUGUUGUUGGAAGCCUGGAGUUGAAUGUGGACAGAGUAAUGGAUUACUCUUCACUGACUGAAAUGUCCAAUGUUUUUGUUUUUCUGACUCUGAUUGCUACCAUGUAGUGUUCUUAUACAUUUAAUGUACAUAUAGACUAAUUUGAAUGAGUUGGCAUAAACACCCGACAAUAACUAAUUUUGUGAUAACCAAACUAUUUUCAAUCUCUCCCUGUGCUGAAUGAACCACAAGUCCAAGCAUGAGGAGUUGAAGAAACUUGAGAAGGAUGAACGGCUGUGGUCUCGUAACUUUGCACACCCCAACCAGAAGUUCAUGCUCGCAUUUAAUAAUAAACACAGAUAAACAACUAUCAAAGUGGCUGAUUGUAUAGUUCUGGAAGAGUAAGAGGAUGAAGUUAGGGAAAGUCUAGAUUUAGUGUAAUUUAGAAACUGCACAAUAUGUCUGAAAAUAUUAGAAUGUACUCAUAGACCAGCUGUCGUCAGUCACAUUGUAAUAUGACCUAUAUAAAUCAUGCUGUUUACCUGUGAUCACCUUUUUAAAUUUGUGAAAAAAUGCAGAAAAGCGCUUGUAGGAUUAUAGAAAGUGGACUUUAAAUUGGUCACACAUUAUACACCACAGGUUGCAGACUGAAAGUACAAAACCAUGAAAGUGAAGGACAUUCUGGCUUCUCCAAAGUGACCUAAGAAGAACAGUGAGGCAGAAAGACACACAAACAGAUGUGCUCAUCCACUCUCAACCACAGGCUGGGACCUGUGACAGGCUCUCCAUCAUUUUUGUCAGAGAUUACCUUAAAGAUUUUAACUAAGGUAUUAUAAUGUCUAAAAUUUCAAAAAAAAUAAUUUAAAAAAUGACUGAAUGAAUCUUUGCUUUUUAGCCGUGCUAGCAUCGUGAAUCAACUGAUCGGUUGGUCCAGACGUAAAUAUCUCAUCAACUGUCAUGAACUCCAACACGGAUGUUCUUCUCUGUAGCUCCUCAUUCAUCAUGUCAUGUCACCAAAAUGACACAAGAACAGAACAGGUUGCCUCUUAAGCUAAUGAUUAAAUUAUUAAUCAACAUUAGCUGAACUCUGAUAUUCCAACACAGCGUGCUAACGUACCCAGUGUUUUACAUCCAUUAAAUCGGUUAUCAAGUGUGUCAUGAACUUAGCACCCUUACAGGCUGCUAGUGUGGCUAUAAACCGUUAAGCCAAUGUGUUUGCGUCGGUGAGCCAUGUCCUGUCAGCAACUAAAAACGUCAGACAUGGAACGUAAAGGACAUCAACACUUGCAUGAAGCCACCUUCCUACCUGUCAUGUUCUGAGGACUUGAAAGACUAAACGGUUGCAAUACUAGAACUAUUACUACAAAUAUACAGCAUUACUGUAGAAGACACAUUAACAUGACUGUACUUUAAAAAGAAAAUCCACACGAGAGGCAGCAGAAAUAUGUCUGGCUAUCGUGGACAGCUCAUAACAUCCAUGAGACCAUAUGAAUCAAAGAUUAGAUCGGCUAAAAGUAAGCCAGUAGUUUAUUUUUCAACACAAUUUCUUCCUAUGGAAGACUGAUUAAAAGUGUGAUGGAGAAUUAAGGUAAAGAAUCAUGCAUAUUAUCCUCUCGCCGCUCUUGAUGCAUUCAAACGAUCCGCGCAACAGCACACCCUGCAUAGGACAGAUGCAGGUUAACAUGCACAGCUGUAUUCAUGUAUUACACAUGCUACCUGCAUAGAGAGUUAAGGGCUAUAUUUAUGUUUACUGCUAUUUCUUGCUGCUCACCAAUAUCUUUUCUAAAAGUAUUAUGUACGCACACAGUCUGGAGACUUUGAAGGUGGCUGGAGCAGUUUGCAGUUUCAUCCUGUGGAACAUCUAAGAUGUUCCACAACAACAGGAAGCAGUUUACACUUUAUGGUUGGAAUUGAGUUUUUUGUUGUUGAAGUUUAGUACUUAAAAAAAAAUGCAAAUUAAUAUUUUUUUUCAGGCAUAUAACAUCAUAUGAGAAAUUGCUCAUUAAUCACGAUGAACAGUCACCUAAGGUUAAAACUACAGACUUCUUAAAGUCACCAGAGAUGAUGUUUAAAAGUCAAAAUGCUUAUUUAUGGUGGAGGAUCACAUGAAAAUAGCUGGUUCCUAUUGUCAGUAUAACUAAUUGCAGCCUGUCUCUCAUGAAUUAUGUUUUAUAUUGUUUUCAGAGUGCGACUCAGUGGCUUUAAGACACCUCAUCUAAGACACCUAACAAAUGUCAAGGGGGUACAAUAUGACUCCUUCUCAGUGACAUGAAGCAAAUUACAUCUCAAAAGUUUGUUGAAUGUGCUGUGUUGUAUGAUAUUUAUAUGGCACAAAAACAUCAUCUUUAGCUUAUUGAUCAUCACUGAGUUUAUUCAAUAGUUGCAAAAGGUUUCUCCAUAUUUAGUGAUAACAAGAGUCUGAAGUUGCUCAUUCGCUGAAAGCCAUCGUCUAUUGAGAUGCAUGUAAUAAUAUUCCAAAUGUAUGUGAAAUAUUUGAUCCAUUACAUUUUUGUGACAAGCUCAAAUGUGACAUGUGACCAUAGUUUCCAUGGAUAUAUAGUUUAUUUAAUGAGGAAAGUAUUUUGUUAUACUAUUUUGCGGACAAAUUGUCAAUGUGAGAGGGGUGUAUAGUUGAUAAAACUGGUUAGAUGAAUAGUUUGGCUGAAAUGGACAUUGUGGUGCCAAUUAACAAAAGUCUGAUAUUUUGUUUAAAAAAGAUCUUUGUUUAAAUCUGUUUAUUUUGUUAAAUUGAGACAAACUUGCUGAUGUGCUUAAACAAUGAGCACAUCCUAUCCUAUUGGCUCCUAUGCUUCUGAAUAUUCAGUGGUGUUUGUCUUUUUAUCGUUGAUUUCAGGGUUUGAUAUAUUUUCUCCAUAGAUCUUACUGAGGCUAAAAUUGAAUGUUUUUUAAAGAACAAAAUUGAAUGCAAUGCAAUACUACAGUUGUUGAUUCUAUUCCCAAAGAUUUCAUCACAUCUGUAUCGGUUAUUUAAAAAAGAAAAGAAAACAGAGUUUUAUUUAGCUUGUUCAGUUCUGUCAAAUCUGAUUCUACUGGGCACAAAUGGACUUUAAACAGUGAUAAUAAUAUUCGAAGUUGGAUUCAGUCUGUAUAUAUGAGAUACAUUUCUAGUGUGUGCAUAAAAUUCAAAGAAGAUAUAUAUAUAAAAGUGUAUGUUUUUGGAUUAUCAAAGGGCUGGUGUUUCUUUUUCUGCUAUUUUGGUACUAUGUGUUACAAUCACUUGUUUUUCAACUUGCGAUUUGUACUGUCUGUUGGAUUUGUUCAAACUUUCACUUUUGUCGUGGACUAGCAUUCGGCUGGAUCUUCCUUAUUUGGGCAUAAUCCUGGGCAUUUAUUUCACAAUUUGAACCAGUUAUUGAGAAGUAUGAUCGGCGUUUGUUCUGUCCUGGUUAAAUCAUACUGCAGCCAAUGUUGACUUAAUAAGCUUGAAUUAAGAUGAAUGGGAACUUUUUGAUUAGGAAACUGUCUUUUCAAGUUCUUGUAGUAGAUCUACUUCUCAGCUUAUCUUUUUUUUUUUUCUUUUAUACAACAAUUUUUUAUAAAACCAAGGAUCUGACACAAGAAGGGAAUAAUUCAUUUGAUGUUGUAUAUAAUCACCUCAUUUCAGCAAAUUUAAACAUCUGACAAUCUUGUUACUUCUCUGUCCAAUCAUCCAAUGUGUUUGACUUUUUUUGUGAUCUGGAACUUUAAAAAACAAUAGUUUGCAUCUGUACAAAUUUAAUAUGAAAUUGGCAAAAAAGAAUGUGCAUUGCUGCUUAAUAUCAGCAGUCUAUUGUAGAAGUGGUUAUAUUGCUGCUAGGGGGCAAAGUUAUUCGGUAUUAGGUGCUUCAUGACUGUGCACCUUGAAACAUAAUUCAUCAAUUUAAUUACGGCAAAGUGUAAAUACUAUUGCUUUUCCUCUACGCUACAGUUCUGCCUUUUAUUCUGACACAACUUUGCCUCUAUGAGCUUAUGCAGGUACAACAUAUACCGACAGUCAGCAUUGGCCACUCACAUGAUGUUUUUUUUGUUUUUUAAACCAUCGAAUGACUUUAAGAUUGAGUCAGCGACUGAGUACAUGAAGCCUCAUUUCGAUGUUGUUUCCUCAAGUGAAUGUCUAUUUGUAAUAAAUAGAGAAAAUAAGAGUUCAUACCCAAACUGAAUGAAAAUAUACUUGUGGUAAAAACUUCUUACAGUCCAAGUGUAUAUCAAUACUUUUUUUUAUUUGCAUCUCCCGCUCCUCAUCAAGAGACCAGGAGUAUAUGUAUUAUUGUUAAUGGCAGAGAUGUACAUUUUUUUUUUAUUAAUUCAUUUUUUUACCUCAUAAUUUAUUUUUUAUUUAUUUUCAUUUAUUUUCUUUUUUUCUGAGGAUUGUAUUUCAGAUUUGUCAUGAUUUCUUUCUUUUCAAUAAAUGUUUUGAAAACUA